GGCCCAACAUGAUUCACAGCUUGUUCCUGAUUAACAGCACUGGCGACAUAUUCCUGGAGAAACACUGGAAGAGUGUGAUAAGCCGCUCUGUCUGCGAUUACUUCUUUGAAGCGCGGCAAAGGCGGGAACCGGAUAACGUGCCACCUGUGCUCUGCACGCCUCAUCACUACCUCAUUAAUAUCUACCGCGAGAAAAUCUUUUUCGUUUCCAUCAUCCAGGCAGAAGUACCCCCUCUGUUUGUUAUAGAGUUUCUUCAUCGGGUUGCUGAGACGUUUCAGGAUUACUUUGGUGAAUGCUCAGAGACUACUAUUAAGGACAAUGUUGUGAUCGUGUAUGAACUCCUUGAAGAAAUGCUGGAUAACGGCUUCCCUCUGGCAACAGAAUCCAACAUCCUGAAAGAACUUAUUAAACCUCCAAAUAUUUUACGCUCUGUGGUCAACAGCAUUACAGGGAGUAGUAAUGUUGGUGACACACUCCCUACUGGACAGCUAUCCACUAUCCCAUGGAGGAGGGCUGCUGUAAAAUACACAAACAACGAGGCCUAUUUCGAUGUGGUGGAAGAGGUUGAUGCCAUCCUGGAUAAAUCUGGUACAACAGUGUUUGCUGAAAUCCAGGGAGUGAUUGAUGCCUGUGUGAAGCUCUCAGGAAUGCCCGAUCUAACCCUUUCAUUUAUAAACCCCAGACUCCUGGAUGACGUGAGCUUUCACCCAUGUGUCCGCUUUAAGAAAUGGGAGUCUGAGAGGGUUCUCUCUUUCAUCCCCCCUGACGGAAAUUUCCGACUUAUUUCUUAUCAUGUGGCUGCGCAAAAUCUCGUAGCAAUUCCUGUGUAUGUGAAGCAGAAUAUCAGUUUCUUUGAGACCGGAUCCUCUGGGAGGCUGGACAUCACAGUGGGUCCGAAGCAGACCAUGGGGAAGACUGUUGAGUGUGUGGGAGUCACGAUUACCAUGCCCAAAGUGGUCCUGAGUGCCAAUCUUACAGCGACUCAGGGCACAUACAACUAUGACCCGGUCACUAAGACUUUGAUGUGGGACAUCGGCAAACUGAACCAACAAAAGCUGCCAAAUUUAAAAGGAAGUCUGAGCUUGCAGUCAGGAGCUCCAAAGCCAGAGGAAAAUCCCAGCCUGAACAUUCAGUUCAAGAUUCAGCAGUUAGCUAUCUCAGGACUGAAAGUGAAUCGACUGGACAUGUAUGGAGAGAAAUACAAACCAUUUAAAGGUGUUAAAUAUAUAACCAAAGCUGGAAAGUUCCAGGUUAGAACAUGAAGCUGUCUGUAAAUAUGAUCACAAAACAUCAUAAACAUGCCAACAAUGCACUCUUAUCUGUGACAAAUCAUAUUUUACAAUCACGCCUGAAUGACUUCUUAUUGGAAACGUGUUAUUGUUCGGGUCAGAGUGGUGGGUGGUGGAUUAAAGAUUGGGCGAGAAAUUGUUUUUGCAAAA